AUGAAGAGGAGCAAUAGUGAGUCGUCCAAACUUGAUAGAAAAACGGUGGAGAGAAAUCGGAGGAUUCACAUGAAAGAUUUAUGCUUCCAGCUUGCUUCACUAGUUCCUCGUCAUUUUUUCAAACAUUCCAAGGACAUGCUAUCACAACAAGAUCAGCUUGAGCUUGCUGCCUGCUAUAUAAAGCAACUGAGAGAAAGAGUAGAGAAACUGAAGAGGGUACAGGAACAAGCAAUCACAACAACUCGAACAAGCAGCAGUGGAAUGACUAGUAUGAUGAUUGGCAUGAGAUUGCCAGUGGUUGAACUAAGAGAUUUUGGGUCGGGCAUAGAAGUGGUGCUGAUUAGUGGGUUGAACAAGAACUUCAUGUUUUAUGAAGUUAUUACUGCUCUUAGUGAAGAAGGAGCUGAAGUUGUGAGUGCUAGCUAUUCAACUGUAGGAGACAAGGUUUUCCACACAAUUCAUGCACAGGUUAGAAUUUCUAGAGUUGGUGUGGAGACUUCAAGGGUAUGGGAGAGAUUGCAAGAACUGAUUUCCUAA